CCAACCUGCAACAGAAGCCAAGAAGAACACCGCCCGGCUAGCUCAAUCGGUAGAGCGUGAGACUCUUACAAGUUACUCCCCCUUUGAGGGGAACAGAGAUCACCAUCUCAAGGUUGUGGGUUCGACCCCCACGUUGGGCUCAAAUCCUGACGAGACUCGGUUCUUUAUUUUUGUUCUUGUCCUUCUGUGUUCCCUCGUAUGUCCUCUACCUUAUUGUUUUUGCUCUUCUUAUGCUCUGGGCUUAUACACUCGAGUUUAGAUUUGCGCUUCCGUAGAUACGGACAGCGUUGCACUCGAUGGAAGGGGAAUAUGAAAGGCAGGGCGGGGAGACGUAGGACCCGUAGCCGGUAUUUAUGUUUUCAAAAGGAAACCACGAACAAUAGAAAAUACAAAGAAAAAAGACAGAGCAAGGAGAGGGAGUAUAUAAAAAAAAAGAGAAUUGAGGAGAAAGAAGAAGGAGAGAAAAAAUAAAGAAAAAUGGAAUCACAAUUGAGAACACACAAGAAAACA